AGCGGCGGUGCUCGCGCAGGGAGAGCGGGCUCUCGGCGCUUGACAUGGCGGCGGCGGCGGCGGCGACUGCAGCGACGAAAGGGAAUGGGGGUGGCGGGGCCCGGGCCGGGGCCGGCGAGGCCGGUGGCGCGCGGAAGAAGAAGGGCCCGGGGCCUCUGGCCACGGCGUACCUGGUCAUCUACAAUGUGGUGAUGACGGCGGGGUGGCUUGUUAUAGCAGUUGGUCUGGUUAGAGCAUACCUGGCUAAGGGCAGCUAUCAUAGUCUUUACUAUUCAAUUGAAAAGCCUUUGAAGUUUUUCCAAACUGGAGCCUUAUUGGAGAUUUUGCAUUGUGCAAUAGGAAUUGUUCCAUCUUCUGUUGUCCUGACUUCUUUCCAGGUGAUGUCAAGAGUUUUUCUUAUAUGGGCAGUAACACAUAGCGUCAAAGAGGUCCAGAGUGAAGAUAGUGUGCUCCUGUUUGUUAUUGCCUGGACUAUCACGGAAAUUAUACGUUACUCCUUUUAUACAUUCAGUCUGUUAAACCAUCUGCCUUACCUCAUCAAGUGGGCCAGGUACACGCUCUUCAUUGUGCUGUACCCAAUGGGAGUGUCAGGAGAAUUACUCACAAUAUAUGCUGCUUUGCCCUUUGUCAGACAGGCUGGCCUAUACUCCAUCAGUUUACCUAACAAAUACAAUUUCUCCUUUGACUAUUAUGCAUUUCUAAUUCUGAUAAUGAUCUCCUACAUUCCACUUUUCCCACAGUUAUACUUCCACAUGAUACAUCAGAGAAGAAAGGUCCUUUCUCAUACUGAAGAACACAAGAAAUUUGAAUAGCUCCUGCUUCCUGCACCCUCCCACCGUCCUCCCCCAAAACAAACUUUUCAAAGAUCAAAAAAUGCUGCAGACUUUUUGAGUUCCCAGUACGUUUCAUAGAAAAUAAGUAAGAACUAUUUUUAAAAUAUUAAAAAAAAUAAAUAAAACAAAAACCAAAAUCCAGUGUCACGCUGGCCUGGGAUUUUCUAUUUAAAAGAAAAAAAAAGGUAAUAAAGCUGUUACAUAAAACAUCCUGCCUGGUCCAUGUGAGCAUGCUCUCCCAGUCAGGAGUCCCCAGUAUUUAUCUUGAUGGCGCUAGAAAGGGAUCUGGCAUUUUAUAUCCUCCUAUUUCCUUCCCAUAUCUGAUAAAUACAGAUCUGUAACACUAACUACUUGAGAGUUACAGUCUGAGUAAUGAAGUCUCACCAACCAAAUGCCCAGCCUGCAGUGGGAUUCCAUUCCAUCUGCAGUGUGUUUAGUGUUCCCUUUUCGAAGUGCUUGACCGCAUGCUGGAAUCUCUUUGUAUUUUUGAAGCAGCAAACUUUGUUCUCUGGAAUGCUCAGAAGUUAUGACUGGGUCCUAUCCCCUCAUAUCUAGUGAAUGAGUUAAACAGUAUACAUGUCUGUGAAGCUUGGGGUAGUACCCAUAAUCAGAAAACAACUAGGAUCCUUUUGUUUGUUUUCAACUGAGUCAUUACUGCCUGCCACUAAGAAACGUGCUUGAAUUUAAUAAGUAUGUGUACAUUGUAGAGAAACUACCUUCUCUGGGGCUCAGCCUCACUCACAGUCUAACAGUUCUCAGAAAGGGGAAACCCAGUCACUAGUCAAUGACAGGUACCGUUCCGUGCCCUUCUCAGAGCGCCUCUGAGGAAUGUAUUUGCCUGUAACUGUUCUCACUUGAUGACCUGAAGCCAAGCUGGUCACAGAGGAGUGGACAGCACCAGGAAGGUGUUACGUUAGAAAUCUAGUCCAGAGGAACAUUCAGGAAUAGGUUUACACACCCUCACUUUGCUUUUUUUAUUUCAUUCAACUCUUCUGUUUGGAUUCUUUUCCUGAUUAUGGUCCCAUGCAAUCCCCACAUCGCAAAUCCAGAGGCAGUUGAGGUGUUGCAGUGAGACCUUCGUGGGCGGUAUUGACCCCGCAUGUUGGAGCAUCCAGGAAGCACUUGGGUCAUGCAGACAUUGUCUAAUUAAGCGUCAUGUCUUCAUACCAUGCUCAACUGUGCGUUUAAGACCCUUCAAGAGGGGUUAGAUGAAAAACUAAAGCCCAAGUUCAGAUGUAUGCGAGAUUUUAAGCACAGAAUAUUCUUCGUGAAACCUUUUUUUCUUUCUUAAAUUAGUUACGCCUUAAAACUUCAUGUCUGUUUCACUAGCAUACUGAAUAGUUGUCAUUUAAAAUAUAAUUGCUAAUACCAGAAGAGUAUCAUAAUGGAAAGCUAAUUUUUGAAUGUUUAUUUUCAUAGAAGAUGAAAAUGAGAAAAUAUGUAUCCUAAAAUUUAAUGUACAAGGGUGUGUAAUAAAAUUUUAUUUUCCAAUUGAAUAUUAAAAUUCUGCUUCUUAAAGUCAGCACUCUUAACGUGGACAUGUUGAGACUAGAAUCUGUUCUUGUACUUGAUAAACAAAAUAUGUGGGAAAGAUUGUUUUUUCUCGCCUUUUCUCUUUUUACCUUUCCAAGAUGUAAAAUAGAAUCAGACUGGGUUGUAUUAGCCUUAUGACUUAAUUGGGAUAAGAUUUUUGGAAGUUAUAGAAGGUGGGAUGAAAAAUGCAGGUUUUCCAGGAUUGCUAAAUUGUUUUCAGGCCUUUCUAUUAUAAUUUUCACGAUGGAAAGCAGUCUGUCAUAGGCAGGCUUGGUGGUGUUGCUUCAAAUUGAACUUUGGCAUCAAGAACACAGCGAACAGCUCCCAUCUCAAAAAGGGUCUGAACCCAGCGUGGUUCUUAUACAUCAGCCUUUAAAAUGCUCUUAGCAGAUAAGUAAGGCCCGUCACCGCCUCCCUCAGCCAUCUCUGUCAGUCCCUACUUUGACGUGAAUUAAUUUCUCCUUUAAAGUGACAAUGUUCUUUUAGGAAUUGAGAACCUCUAACUCCACCCAAUGUCACAUCUCCUUAGUAAGUGUGAAUGGGGAAGAUGGUGUUUGGUGACUCUCUUGUCAGGCUGACCUUUUUUUUUUUUUUUUUUUAAAUUUGGGCAUAGUCAGAGGCCUCCACCUGACUGGUGUUUCAGGUCCCCUGGGGCUGCUGGCAGUGAGCCCUUUGAGGUGCACAGCAGUGCUCUGUAGUCACGUCUGCUGAGCUUCAUCUUGCUGUGUUCUGUUUGCUAAGGUUGAGAUCGUUCAUUUAACAUGUACUGACCACUAUCAAAGGCACCAUGGAGAGUUAGGCACAGAAUAAAGAGCAUCCUCCCAGAUGAAAACCUUCCUCUGGGACCAACUUCCAUCAGGAAGGGCUUAGAAGCGGUAGCGUGAAAGAGGCCUAGGGAAGUCGUGCCCUCACUUCCACUUGGCUUUUUUGUUUGUUUUUGUGUUGUGUGGUUUUUCAUUUAUAAUAAAAGGUUGACAUUGAUGUGAUACAACCUGCAAAUUAUUUUCAAUUCUGAGUUUCAUAUAAAACAUCCAAAUCAGUACACACCGCUCCUUUGAAGUUUGGGGUACAAAAAAUUAUAUGACCAUAUAUAUACUCAUUUUUGUAUUUUUUCUAUGUUGUGAAAACCAAAAUUGUAAUUUUAUAAGUCUUUGAUUCACUAAAAUUAUAUAAUUUAAAUGUAUUUUUUGUAUAUUUAGAAAUAAGGAGUUCAAAGACUAUGCUUAACUUUCUAUGCAUGCCUUUGGAAGCUGUUUUUACCUGAUACUGUAGUAAUAAGUUGUAUUCAUAAGGUACUGAUCUGUGUUGCAUUUCAAAAUAAACUGGUGUGUGCUAUGCCUGGAU